AAAAAAUAAAAUUGUGAUUACCGUUCAUCAGAAAACAUUAAACAAGAUCAACCAAUCAGUUUAAUUAUAAUUCAUAAAAAUUGAUUAAUUAUGCAACUAACUACAACUCAGGCAGACUGUGUGAAGGCAAUAAAAAGAGAAGAAAAAAUAAAGAAGGGCUUCAUUUGAACACUUUAACAUGUCAAGAAUAGAUCAGAUAAUGAAAAUAUCAAGCAUACUAAUGAUAUUAUUUACAAAAAUGCUUUAUUUUACACUUGCAUGGUAUCCUCAAAAUCAACUGAUGCCGAAGAACCCUGAGGGUCAUCAACAUUUUCAUCGUUCAAUGUAUGAAUCUGAUCGUGGAUAUGCUGAGGAACCAAGUGUAGAACAAGUUAAAACUGUUCAAUAUCAUGGUAAUAAGUACAUGCAUGUUCUCGGUUUGAAGUUACCUUACUAUCAAGCUGAAAGUUAUUGUAAUCAUGCAUUUACGUCAGAUUCACAUUUAACAUCUAUACAAUCAGAAGAUGAAUGGAAAAUACUAUCAAAACACUUUGGAUCAAUUGAACCAAAUAAAAUAUGGUUAGGAGGAUUUGCAGAACUUGUCAACUUUCAAUAUGUUGUUCUCCGAUGGAUAGAUCGAACACCUUUCGAGUAUAAUCGAUUUUCACUAGCAGAAAAAGAACGCUGGCGACAAAUUCUACAAAAAACCUUUCAAGGUUGUAUUGUUAGUGAUAUACAAACGAAUGGUCAAGGGGAAUGGAGUCUUCAGUCAAUGCCAUGUGAUGAACCGAAAGAAUUUAUCUGCAAAGAAAGCAAUAUCUAUAAUCCAAUGAAACUGUUGCCGUUCAGUCAGCUAAGAUCCCGUAGUUAUAGAAAACCACAUCAAUCCCAUGUUAUGCGUAAACACAAAGAACCUUCAUUCAGUAUUUUACCAUUGUCUGAUGAUAAUCAUAAAGUAAAAGUGCCAGCGCCUAAAAAGCCAGUUAUCGCAAAGGUGUCUAAUGAAGAACAGGAAGUGAUACUGCCAACAGUGAAUACACAAACGACACAAACUGUAACGACACCGCCUCAGAUUCAACCACCAACUCGUACUGAUAAAACACUGCCGAACACUAGACAACAUAAACUUCGAAUUCCUUUGAAGGUACACCACAACAAGAAGACAAUGACGACAACAAAUAAUGCUACUGAUCAGCAUACAAAGAAAACGGAUACCACGAUGAAGAACAGUAAGAAGAAGGUGAAAUUUAUUAUCAUCGGUCCAAAUGGUCAAAAAACAGAAGUACUAGAAAAAAAUAUUAAUCUUCAACCUGGACAAGUCUUAGAACCAGGCACGCUGAACACUAAUUCUGGACCACUUACAAUAUAUCUUCAGGGUGUUUCUGUGCCAGGAAAUUAAUUGGUGUUUAAAUGAUGCUUCGUUGUCAAAUAACAGUGUAACUCUGUGUAAACUGUUCGUCAAUAAGUAUAUAUGAAAUAAAAAUUUCAAAU